AUGGGUUGUCACGGCAGCAAGGAGAAUAAAUCAAACGCAGAAUUCAGCUCUGCUUAUGGAUCAGGCACUCGCACUGGCAGUGGUAGUCAAAACACUGUUCAACCACCACCUACCACCACUGUUGCUCAGCCUCAAACAUCACCUCCUCCCAAACCACAAAGACCGUCGGAACCAAAACCCAAUCUUUCUCCGACCCAGAAUGCGAGGGCGGUGCAGAAACCCGACACCACGAUUCUGGGCAAACCCUUUGAGGAUAUAAAGAAGCACUACACUCUGGGGAAGGAACUGGGAAGAGGGCAAUUCGGGGUAACGUAUCUGUGCACGGAGAAUGCCACCGGAAUGACGUACGCCUGCAAGUCGAUUCUGAAGAGGAAGCUGGUGUCGAAGGCGGACAGGGAGGAUAUGAAGAGGGAGAUUCAUAUCAUGCAGCAUUUGUCUGGGCAGAACAACAUUGUGGAGUUCAAGGGGGCGUACGAGGACAGGAUGUCGGUCCACCUUGUAAUGGAACUCUGCGCCGGCGGGGAGCUAUUCGACCGGAUCAUCGCCCAGGGUCACUACUCCGAGAGAGCCGCCGCCUCACUCUGCCGCGCCAUUGUCAACGUUGUUCACAUUUGCCACUUCAUGGGAGUCUUGCACCGCGAUCUCAAGCCCGAAAAUUUCCUGCUCUCUUCUAAGGACGACGACGCUACGCUCAAGGCUACUGAUUUUGGACUCUCUGUCUUCAUUGAAGAAGGGAAGGUAUAUCAUGAUAUGGUUGGCAGUGCUUACUAUGUUGCUCCCGAGGUAUUGCGUCGUAGUUAUGGAAAAGAAAUAGAUAUUUGGAGUGCAGGCGUCAUAUUGUAUAUUCUUCUCAGUGGUGUACCACCUUUUUGGGCUGAAACUGAGAAGGGAAUAUUUAACGCCAUAUUGGAAGGUGAACUUGAUUUUGUAAGUGAACCAUGGCCAUCCAUAUCAGACAGCGCCAAAGAUCUAGUCAGGAAGAUGCUGACACAAGAUCCAAAGAAGCGGAUUACUUCUGCACAAGUCCUUGAACACCCGUGGAUGAGAGAAGGUGGAGAGGCAUCUGAUAAACCAAUCGAUAGUGCAGUUCUUUCUAGAAUGAAACAAUUCAGGGCAAUGAAUAAGCUCAAGAAGCUUGCAUUAAAGGUUAUUGCCGAAAAUCUAUCAGAAGAGGAGAUUAAAGGUCUGAAAGCAAUGUUUGCAAAUAUGGACACUGACAAUAGUGGCACAAUUACCUACGAAGAAUUGAAGACUGGCUUGGCUCGAAUUGGAUCAACACUGUCUGAGGCUGAAGUGAAACAACUCAUGGAUGCUGCUGAUGUUGAUGGAAAUGGCUCAAUUGACUAUCUUGAAUUCAUUUCGGCUACAAUGCAUAGGCACAGACUUGAACGUGAUGAACAUCUUUACAAAGCAUUCCAGUAUUUUGAUAAGGAUAACAGUGGGUACAUUACUAGAGAUGAAUUGGAGACUGCUAUGACCCAACAUGGAAUGGGUGAUGAAGCAACAAUAAAGGAAAUAAUCUCUGAGGUGGAUACAGAUAAUGAUGGGAGAAUAAACUACGAGGAAUUUUGUGCAAUGAUGAGAAGUGGAAUGCCACAGCAGGGAGGGACAGCUAAUCCACUGAUUGGUUGAGUAGUGACUUAUUCCUGUUGGGAAAAAGCACUAUCUCCGGGAAUGUGACAAUUCACUUCAUGCAUUGAUGAUAUUUCUUUGCAAUCCCAAUUUAUUACAAGGAUCCUGUUGCGUCUGUUGGAUUGCUUGUUCUGUAAUUUUUAUAAGUUCAGCUGUCACAUUUUACAAGUGACAUGGAAAACUGAAUUUAUAUAUUAGGAUACUUUUGUACUAUAUAGAGUUAUCAUUUUUAUGGUGGCCAAGUAACAAGUAAUCAAGGGAGGGGACUAUUUUCCUUGACCUUUAUAUUGAAGUGCAAACUUGAGCUUUUUUGGCAUGAUGUUCUGACAAUUUAGUCUUCUGUGUUAAUGCUAUAUUUUCUUCAUUUUUAUCCCUA